AUCAACUAUGUGUGUUAACGUCAUAAACAAGCUGUUUACGUCAUUCAUUAGAAAAUAUAGCCAAAGAGUGCUGCAUUUUAGACUAAAGAGCUUGGCAAGUAUUUUACUUGCGCACUCCCAGAACUUACUUUCAAUCAAAGGCAAAGUACUCUAGAUCAGCCAUGGACAACUGCAUUGAUAUCUUUCCUGACGAGCUCAGAGCUAUGGGGGACUAUGACAAAGAAGCAAGCGCCCCUCCAGUAUCCAAAGAACACGAGUUUGUUGACAACUUGGUUAAAAAUAAUCGUGUGGUAGUCUUCAGCAAAAGCCAAUGUCCUCACUGUGACGACUCCAAGACACUGCUAAGUAACAUGGGGGUCAACUACAAAGCAGUCGAACUUGACCAGUUGCAAGAGGGAAGUCAGGUGCAAAAUUUUCUAGGCCAAAUUACCAACGCGCGGACGGUUCCUCGAAUAUUCAUUGAUGGCCAAUGUGUUGGUGGAAACAGUGACUUGAAAACGUUGAACAGUACUGGCGUUCUUAAAGAACUGUUGAAAGAUAUGAACUAGUCAACAUUGAAGUAUGGACCGAAGACUGGUACAGCAAGCACAUCACAUGCAUAUUAAUACAGAUCAAAAUAAGAGAAAGACAAUAGCAUUGAAGUGAUACAUUUCUACAGCAUCAAUAUAAUGUUAUCUCUUAAAAGAGAAAGCCUUCACUAUAGUGUCCUCUUCUAAGAGAACCCCCUGCAAUAUACAUAAUGUCCUAGUCUAGAAACCUAUCUCAUGUUCUGGUCCAAGAAAAUGCUAGCAAUACAAUGACCUGAUUCUAGCGAACACUUGCGGAGCGAAAAGUUUCUCUCAACUGUUUAUACACUGAAAUAUCCGAAUGACUUCAAACUGUUGUAGUCAAGAUUGACAGCUCACUAGAACAAAUGUUAUUGGUGCUGAAAAAAUGUUGCUUCUAUCAAAUGGAAUACAAAUGCAAUAAGCUUCCGUGCAAUCAAUAAAUCAACACCCAAUUUGUGAUCUGUCUGUGGUCUGUAACAAGAAAUAAAGCACGAAAACAACGGUAGAACUAAA